AGUGUAUCACAAACUCAAGCAUUAGCACCAACAAGCUCUGAGCAUCAUCAGUCUCUGGAAAGCCUUCUGAAUUAGACAAGGGCUGCCUCUCAGCACAGCUACAAAACACUUUAAACCUGACCAGCUAAAUGGAUAAACCUAGCCUGCAUAGCUUUUAAACUGGGGUCUCAUACAGCACAGGAGGGCCUACUUGCUUCAAGAACUGAAAAUCCAGAGGAUGAAUUGCUUUAUCUGGGAAUGGCAAAAGCCAGCACAAUAAGGAAUGUCAGUUUGCAUGGGGCUACUAGCUCACAUGCGGGAUCAGAAUGGUGUGAAUGACAGCCGCACUGUGUCAUGAAGGUGGUGGUGGUUUCAGCACCAGAGACCAAAUAAGAAGAAAGCUGAGAGAGGGGGGAAACGCUUUUGGAUGACAAAGGAUGGGUUUCCAUUUAAUUACACAGCUUAAAGGCAUGAGUGUGGUGCCGGUGCUACUCCCUACACUGCUUCUUGUUAUGCUCACGGGCGCUCAGAGAGCUUGUCCAAAGAACUGCAGAUGUGAUGGCAAAAUUGUGUACUGUGAAUCUCAUGCUUUUUCAGAUAUCCCUGAGAACAUUUCUGGAGGGUCACAAGGCUUAUCAUUAAGGUUCAACAGCAUUCAGAAACUCAAAUCCAAUCAGUUUGCUGGCCUUAACCAGCUUAUAUGGCUCUAUCUUGACCAUAAUUACAUUAGCUCAGUGGAUGAAGAUGCAUUUCAAGGGAUCCGUAGACUGAAAGAAUUAAUUCUAAGCUCCAACAAAAUUACCUAUCUGCACAAUAAAACAUUUCACCCAGUUCCCAAUCUCCGCAAUCUGGACCUCUCCUACAAUAAGCUUCAGUCAUUGCAAUCAGAACAAUUUAAGGGCCUUCGGAAACUCAUUAUUUUGCACUUGAGAUCUAACUCACUAAAGACUGUGCCGAUAAGAGUUUUUCAAGACUGUCGUAAUCUUGACUUUCUGGAUUUGGGUUAUAAUCGUCUUCGAAGCUUGUCCCGAAAUGCAUUUGCUGGUCUCUUGAAGUUAAAGGAGCUCCACUUGGAGCACAAUCAGUUUUCCAAGAUCAACUUCGCUCAUUUUCCACGUCUCUUCAAUCUCCGCUCAAUUUACUUACAAUGGAACAGGAUUCGCUCCAUUAGCCAAGGCUUGACAUGGACUUGGAGUUCCUUACAUAACUUGGAUUUAUCAGGAAAUGACAUCCAAGGAAUUGAGCCGGGUACGUUUAAAUGCCUCCCCAAUUUGCAAAAAUUGAAUUUGGAUUCUAACAAGCUCACCAAUAUCUCACAGGAAACUGUCAAUGCAUGGAUAUCAUUAAUAUCCAUCACCUUGUCUGGAAAUAUGUGGGAAUGCAGUCGGAGCAUUUGUCCUCUAUAUUAUUGGCUUAAGAAUUUCAAAGGAAAUAAGGAAAGCACCAUGAUAUGUGCAGGACCUAAGCACAUCCAGGGUGAAAAGGUUAGUGAUGCUGUGGAAACAUAUAAUAUCUGUUCUGAAGUCCAGGUGGUCAACACGGAGAGAUCACACCUGGUCCCCCAAACUCCACAGAAGCCUCUGAUUAUCCCUAAACCUACCAUCUUCAAAUCUGAUGCCAUCCAACCCACCCUUGAAAUACCAAGCCCUUCUCCAGGGUUUCAGAUUCCGGACACAGAGCAAGAUUAUGAGCAUGUUUCAUUUCACAAAAUUAUUGCUGGGAGUGUGGCUCUCUUUGUCUCUGUGGCCAUGAUCCUCUUGGUAAUCUAUGUGUCUUGGAAACGCUACCCAGCAAGCAUGAAACAACUCCAGCAACACUCUCUUAUGAAGAGGAGGCGGAAAAAGGCCAGAGAGUCUGAAAGACAAAUGAAUUCCCCUUUACAGGAGUAUUAUGUGGACUACAAGCCUACAAACUCUGAGACCGUGGAUAUAUCGGUUAAUGGAUCUGGGCCCUGCACAUAUACCAUCUCUGGUUCCAGGGAAUGUGAGGUAUGAGCCAUGAUCCUCCUAAAAGCAUUUCUACUGCGGGGAAGGAGAGGUAAAUGUUUGAAGCUCUAGAGGUGUCUCUAAUCACUAGAAAGAUUAAUGACCCUUUUGCUUUUGGGUUUUGCUUGGUGUGAAGGUUACUUAAUUAAAUUACAACCACCAGGAAAUUGACUGCUUUUUCUUUCUUUUUUUUUUUUUUCUAAUGGUUGAAACUUGAAGGAAGUUCAUUCAAGGAUGAGAUUAAGUUGGAAUAAAGCACUAUGUUAAAACAUCUGUUUUUUAACAGUUUGUAUACAGGGGUUGGACUUAAAAACACAUGCAAACAAAACUCUUUUCUUUCUGAAAUUUAUGUCUGGUUCUUGAUGUUUGACUUUUGUAACAAAAUAAAGAUAGGAGGGGCCAGCUUAAUUUAAAAAGAAAGUGAGUUUACCAAAAUUCCAGGACAUAAUGAAGAUUUAAACCAAAGAGCAAUUUACCCAAGGGUUGAUUUUGUUGUAAAUUUUUAGUUUUGACUGAAGCAUGCAACAGGGAUUUCACAGCCGUGUUACUUGCUGUUUAGUUAUUAUACCAGCAUAGAGAAUGUCAGAGGCCUACUGUGUAAUUGUAUCACGCUUAUAAGACUUUCUUUCUCUUUCUUUCUUUCUUCUUUCUAUCUCCCCUUCCUUCCUUCCUUCUUUCUUUCCCUUAUGUUUUAAAAUUACUGGGACAUAUAUCAGUUUUCAAAGGAUUUUUAAGUGCUGGCUAUUUGUGUGUAUUCAGAAUGAAACUUAAAUUCUAUGUUUUGGCUUUGUCCCUGGUAACUAAAAUCAGGUUGUGAUGUUGUGGAUGAUGUAGCAAUAACAUAAUGACAGGCAUAACAGGGACUAUUUGUCUGUGUUGCUGUCAUCCCCAAAAGGAAUAAGUAUUCUUGUUAAACUUAUGCAAAAUUAAGUGAUACAAAUAUUUAUAAAUACAAGGAGAGAGGUUUGAGUUCUGAGUAUUCUCCCUUUCUGUGACAGUCUCAAAUGAAAGUAUAUAUUUCAUGUUCUAUCCUUUUCGUCUUCGUGAGAAUAAGUUUGGGCCUAUUUCCUGAUUAUUUAAUUUUAAAGAUCACUUAUAGAAGCAUGUUAAUGAAUAGAAAAAUAGUCACAAAUUUCCAAAUUGUCAAUAAGUUAUACUGGAUGUAAAUUGUUCUUUUCUUGGUAAAGGUGAUCAUUAUGUGCAAUGACUGACUGCCAAGGCCUUGUUGCUGGAGAGAACUGGUGAAGAGAGGUUGAGUUCUGGCAAUAUGCUGUUUUAGCAUCUUAUUUUAGAUGAGUAUUUUUUCAAAAGAGAGUUUUAAUGAGUAUUUAAAGACUUUGACAUUUCUAAUGUUAGUUAUAGCAGUUGGAAAAUAUAAUUUGCUCUUCAAUAAUAUAUACUCUAAUUUUUUCAUAUUCCUAAAUACAGAUGCUAAUGAAAAUGUUUUCAGACAAAGCACUGAAUUUGAAAUAAUCUCCAACUUAGUACAAUUUGGACUAUUGAACUGUUCUUCACAGAGUUCAUUUUCUUCUUUUUUGUGUAUCAUUGAAAAUAAGAGAAGUAAUCCCAGAUAAUAAAACUCUAAAAGAAUCCUGUAUAAGCAAUUGCCCUUAAAAAUUAAAGUGAAUAAAAGAUUUUCUAUAAAAGUCUAACAA